GUUUCCAGAAUGCGACAGGGAACGAUUCGGCCCAGAGUAGUUUCGACGAGCAGUACAGGCGAAUCCCUCUGAUUAGGGAGAGGAUGGAGGAUGCGACUGACAAGUGCAAUGCAGCCUCGAGGAGGGAGGACCAGUUCGAUGGCCAGGUGGACACUGUCAACCAGAAUGCACAGCUGGUGCUGGAUGGAGUAGUCAGGAAGAGAGAUGCAGUGGAAGAUGUGUGGUCUAAGCUGGACGGGAUGACUGGUCUCAUUCUAAGUGAGAGAGGACAAGUGCGACUGAUGCAGGACAAGAUAGCUCAGUUGGACAGAAGUUGUGACGACACACUCCCUCUUACCGGAGCCAAACAGGCCCAGCAAAAGGCUUCUGAUGACGCGGCGGAAGCAGAGAAGAAGUCGAAAGAACUGCGAGGUACUCUGGCCGACACCAAAGCCACAGUGGACCAGUUGAAGAACAUUCUAGAAGACACUCCCUUUCUCACCAAACAGGAGAAGGAUGAUUUUGAGGAUGUGCUGGCUAAGCUGGGAGACUUAGAGGGUGACUUGGAUAUUGAGCAGAUGGAAAAAGUGGCAGAUGCUAUGGAAGGCAAAGUAGACGAUCUGGACCAGAUGGUGAAAGACUACGAGACGAAGUAUCUACAGGCCCUAGAAGACGUGCAAAAUGCAGAGGAGAUAGCGGGCAAUGUCAAGGUCAUUUGUCAAAUGAUCACGACGCCAGUCAGCUGAUCAGAGUAAGACAAAAAGCGCAAGCUCAGACAAGAUAAGGAAAAACUAAAAACAAUCGAUUCUCGGGGAAACUGAAUUGCUCACAUUAGAACUCAUUUUCAUUAACUUCAACAAAUUAAAUAGAGGAGUAUGCAAUUAUAGGUUAAAUUUAUUGAAUGCUUAUUUGUAAUGUGUUAA